AUGUCGCGAACACCCGUCGAAGUCGAAUUGGGUUUCCCAAAGCGCGCUGGGACUCCUAUUGAAUUAGGGCCUCAAUAUGAAUCUGACGACGAUGACAGUUUACACGAAACUACGCCGCUAAGAGGUUAUGCUCUUUCAAAUAGAAGUGACUCCUUACCAUAUUCUUCUAUUGAAACCGGUGGUAAAAUUCAAGAUAAUUGGACUACAUUUAAGACUAGGGCAAAAUAUUAUAUCCCGGUUUUCAGUUGGCUUCCUUCUUAUUCCCUUAAAUACUUCUGGAAUGACUUUAUUGCCGGGUUGACCGUAACUGCUAUAUUACUACCGUCCGGACUGUCGUAUUCGGUGCUUGCCAAAGUACCACCAGUUCACGGUCUAUAUACAAUCGUAAUUUCUGGUAUAGUGUACUCCUUUCUUGGAACUUCAAGACAAUUAUCUAUCGGUCCCGAGGCGAUGGUUGCAAUGCUUGUUGGUUCGUCGGUGGCUUCACAACAAAAAUACAUUCCUCACGAUGAUGAUACUGAUCAAGCUGAAACUGCCGUUAUGCUGGCAUCAUUAGUCACAAUGUUUGUCGGGAUUCUAACCUUGUUGCUCGGAUUAAUUCGUCUCGGAUUCUUGGAUUCAAUUUUGUCUCGACCUUUGCUACGUGGAUUUAUCACCGCGGUGGCUUUCGUGAUUAUAGUGGAACAGUUUAUUCCUAUGCUUGGACUAGCAAAAAUGGCGGAACAUCAUAAGAUCACUCAUGCGACAUCAACUUACGACAAAUGCCUAUUCAUUAUAGAGAAUCUGGAAGGGAUUCACCGACUGACCGCGCUUGUAUCAUUAGGCAGUCUUACUUUUUUGUUGACGUUCCGCCUAAUAAAAUCAAAAUUAUCAUCAAGAUAUCCCCCAGCUCAAUUUGUUCCCGAAAUUCUUAUUUGUGUCGUCAUAUUCACAAUUAUGUGCAAAUACUUUGACUGGGAAUCUGAAAAUCUCGUAAUAUUAGGAGGCAUAAAAGGCAGCGGACUCCCGAAAUUUGCAAUUCCCAAGAUGCCUACAGUCCCACAAUUCAAGGAUUGUUUCGAGACCGCCGUUUUAAUUUCGAUUGUUGGUUUUGUCGAAUCGAUCGUGGUCACGAAAACUUAUGCGACAAAGCAUAAUUAUGCGGUCAGUCCCAAUCGGGAAUUGGUGGCGCUCGGUGCGGCGAAUUUGGUUGGCAGCUUUUUCCAAUGCAUUGUGGCGUACGGUGGAAUGGCAAGGAGCAGGAUUAAUGAUCGUGCAGGAGCGAAAACUCAAUUUUCAGGAUUAGUGACCGCAUUGUUUGUCUUGUUCUGCCUGUUUUUCCUUUUGCCUUGUUUUUAUUAUCUUCCGCAUGCGGUUCUUGGUUCCAUCGUGUGCGUGGCGGCUUUAUCUCUAUUAUCGGAAACACCGCACGACUUGCGAUUCAUGUAUAAAAUCAAAGCUUGGAAUGACUUGGCUUUGCUGAUGUUGUGCUUUUUCGUCACAAUUUUUGUUUCCAUCGAAUAUGGCACACUUAUUUCGAUUGCUCUGUCAUUAGUAUUAGUGGUGAAACAUUCGACAUAUCCUAGGAUCACAAUCUUGGGCCGCGUUGGAAGCUCCAAUCGGUUCAAACGAAUCAAGGAUUUCCCGGAACAAGCUGUGCACAUUAAAGGUGUAUUGGUUGUGAAGAUAGAAGAACCAUUGUAUUUUGCAAAUACUGGUCAGCUGAAAGAUCGGCUACGUCGUCUUGAAGAAUUUGGUGAUAUGAACGUUCACCCUUCGGAAGAAGCGCGAAUGUCACCAGUGAAGAAUGUGAUAUUCGACAUUGAAACCAUGGAAAAUUUAGAUGCGAGUGCUGCCUUGAUUCUGGUCGAAAUUGUCGAAGCUUAUCAAAAACGAGAUGUUGAUGUGUACUUUGUGAAAUUGCAUGAGAAUCAGAGAAAGGUGUUUGAACGUGCCAAUUUAAUAGAGAGAGUCGAAAGAGAUGGAAAAAAACACUUCUUUUGGCGAAUCGCUGAAGCGCUUGAAUACAUCAGUAUUAAUAGCAAUGAUGAGAAUGCAAAUAACAAUAAUGGAAAUACAAAUUUCAUCAGUAUGGAAUGA